AAGUAGUACACAAGUGGCCAAAGUUAGCCCUGGCUUUGGAUCAUCUAUUGGGUCAUACAUUGAGUGCCGGUUUGCAAAGUAAGACCAAUGGCUGGGCAUUCAUAUAGUGAUUGAGUGAGUGAGAGGGUGUGUGAGUGAGUGCUAUAUGUGUUGUACUGUUUGACUGUAUGUGCAGUGAGUGUGUGUUGGAUGUAGUGUUGCAUUGAAUCCAUUGAUGCCAUCAGUUGUGAUGGUUUUGUUGUCAUCACAAGCAUUGCGUUCAACAACUGGACAAUCAAUUUAGUCAAACAAUUUAGUGCAUCGAUGAGCGAACCGACAGACCAGAGGACAGUUAGAUAAAGAUUGGUUGCACUCGUAAUCACUGAUUAAAUGUGAUAUCAAAUUGAAUGCCAGUGUUGUUGUUGUCGUCGUUGUUGUUGUUGUUAUAGUCGACACUGUUUUGGGUUUUUAUACAACACUUAAUGAAAGAAAAUAAUGAAAUUGAUUGACACGAGUGGUGAUGUUGUGAUGGAUGGCACACAAGAUAUUUAUAUUAAUUUUAUGGUAUAGUAGUGCCAGUGAUUGGCCAUCGGGUGUGCCAUAAGUGGGCAAAUGGUUUGGGAAGUGUCUUAUGAAUGGAAUUAAUGGAAUUGGAAAAUAUCGUCGCAAACACUGUUUACCUGAAGGCCAGGGAAGGCGGCGCCGACGCUAACAAAGGAAAGUCCAAGAAAUGGAAAAAGAUUUUACAGUUUCCUCACAUCACUCAAUGCGUGGAUAUUAAAGACAAAUUAGACAUAGACUUUAAUUAUAUUGUGGAUCAACAGCCAAUCGGUCGGCUAUUGUUCCGACAAUUUUGUGAAACAAUACCUCAAUAUUACAAAUGCAAUCAUUUUCUCGAUGCAGUCGAAAAUUAUGAGUUACAGUUUGAUGAGGACCGGGCAGUUGUUGGCCAAGAGUUUGUAGUGAAAUAUUUAACCAAAGAUAGCGCACAUUAUGUCGAUAUACUGGAAGAAUCGUUAAUAACUAAAUGCAAGAAUAAUUUGCAUACAUAUAAUAAAGAGUUGUUCGCUGAGUGCGCACAAGCAGUCAAAGAUUUUUUAUCAAAAGAUCCUUUUAGUGAGUUUGAAAAAAGCAAAUAUUUUUUACGAUAUUUACAGUGGAAAACACUGGAAAAUCGUUUAGUCAAUGCCAAAACAUUUAGGAUGUAUAGAGUGUUAGGAAAGGGUGGUUUUGGUGAGGUGUGUGCCUGUCAAGUGAGGGCAACCGGUAAAAUGUAUGCCUGUAAGAAGUUAGAAAAGAAACGCAUUAAAAAACGAAAGGGAGAGAGUAUGGUAUUGAUUGAGAAACAAAUACUACAGAAAAUUAAUUCACGAUUUGUUGUGAGUCUGGCCUACGCUUAUGAAACCAAAGAUGCACUUUGUUUGGUAUUGACUAUCAUGAAUGGCGGUGACCUCAAGUUUCACAUCUAUAAUAUGGGCGGUGAACCCGGUUUUGACUUAGAGAGGUCUCGGUUUUAUGCCGCAGAAGUGACACAAGGGUUAGAGCAUUUGCACACUCAGGGAAUUGUUUACAGGGAUCUGAAACCAGAAAAUAUUCUACUCGAUGACCACGGACACGUAAGAAUAUCCGACUUAGGAUUAGCCAUAGAAAUACCAGAAGGAGAGUCAGUUAGAGGAAGAGUUGGAACUGUGGGUUAUAUGUCUCCAGAAGUGAUCGAUAAUGAAAAAUAUACAUUUAGUCCGGACUGGUUUAGUUUAGGAUGUCUUAUAUAUGAAAUGAUUGAGGGAAUGGCACCUUUCAGGGCGAGGAAGGAAAAGGUAAAACGCGAAGAAGUGGAGCGACGAGUAAAAGAAGAGAAUGAAAAGUAUUCCAACAAAUUUAGCGAAGACGCGAAAGCCAUUUGUCAAGCGUUGCUGAAGAAAGAUCCCAAACAAAGACUUGGCUGUUCGAGUGGACGGUUGGGUUCUUUCGAAGUGAAAGCGCAUGAAUUUUUUAAAAUAAUUAAUUGGAAACGACUUGAGGCCGGAAUACUAGAGCCACCCUUUGCACCCGAUCCACACGCCGUUUACGCAAAAGACGUGUUAGACAUCGAACAGUUCUCGACCGUAAAGGGCGUGAAUCUGGAUGCCAGUGACGACACGUUUUAUAGCAAAUUUAGCACCGGUUGUGUAUCGAUUCCGUGGCAAACUGAGAUGAUUGAAACUGAAUGUUUCAAGGAAUUGAGUGCUUUCGGACCUAACGGUGUGCUUACACCAGAUCUCAUGUUUGACUGUCCACCUGUUGAAGAGUCAAAGGGUUGUUUCCCGUUUCGCAGAAAAGCAAAGAAAAGAGACAUUAAGAGCUCAUAUUCAGCGACAAACGACCACUUUUCACAUCUGUCAUCCUCGGGAACAGAGGCUAAGGAGGCGGCGAUGACUCGUUCGCAGCCAACGCCUUCCGGAGACAAUGUUAAUCCAAUGGUUUCGUUAAACAGUUAAUACGAUUUUUCUAAAUAUUUAUUACUACUUAACUCUACUUCUUUCACCAUUAACUCCGUUCAUACAAACAAAUUGUUGUUACCUUUACUACCUGUUUAUCUAUAUUUCUAUUAAAUAUUCAUAACAUUAACAGCCAGUUGUCAUAUAAGUCAUACAUAACAUAACAAAAUAUAUGAUUAGUUAUAUUUACGACAAGUUUGUUUCAAUGCACUACAACCCAGUCAUACAGUUAAAGCACCGGUUCUUUGAUUCAAACUUAAUGUAUAAAUAGAGUUAGAAUUUAAUUUGAAUUUUAAUGAAUCAAUUGAUGCCAAUUGAUAGAUAUGUUGUCUGUUUGAAUGAGCGAUAUGUGCCAUAAUGUAACUAAAUAUAUAUAUAAACCAAUUGUGACAUCACUCGUAUCUAUACUUUUUUAAAUACAAUUAAUUAAAAGUAAACAUAUCAUCUCUACUCUCCAUUAUAUAUAUAUAUAUCUAUUCCAUUG